CAGGUCUCCAGCGUGAGACCUGUGUGCUUCGGGCCUCUCCAUUUUCCCUGCACUGCCCUGCACCGCGGAGGCAUGGCCAGCCGUCCCCACCGCAUCCGCUCCGGCUAUGGGGUCAGGAACUUCAGCUCCUGCUCUGCCGUCCUGCCCAAGCCGUCGGCCCACAGCUGCUCCAGUGCCAUGGCCUACCGCGGGGGCAGUCCUGGGGGGCCCGGCUACAGGCGCCUCGGGGGCUUUGGCAGCCGGAGCCUGUGCGCAGUGGGGUCCCCGCGGAUGGCGGUGAGCUGUGGAUGGCCCCUGCGCAGCGGGGGCAGCUUUGGCUACCGCAUAGGGGGCCUUUGUGGACCCAGCCCGCCCUGCAUCACCAGCGUGUCGGUCAACGAGAGCCUCCUCACGCCCCUCAACCUGGAGCUUGACCCAAACGCGCAGUGCGUCAAGCACCAGGAGAAGGAGCAGAUCAAGUGCCUGAACAACAAGUUUGCUGCCUUCAUUGACAAGGUGCGCUUCCUGGAGCAGCAGAACAAGCUUCUGGAGACCAAGUGGCAGUUCUACCAGAACCGCAAGUGCUGCGAGAGCAACCUGGAGCCCCUGUUCGAGGGCUACAUCGAGACGCUGAGGCGGGAGGCCGAGUGCGUGGAGGCCGACAGCGGGAGGCUGGCCUCGGAGCUCAACCACGUGCAGGAGGUGCUGGAGGGCUACAAGAAGAAGUAUGAAGAAGAAGUGGCCCUCAGGACCACGGCUGAGAAUGAGUUUGUGGUGCUGAAGAAGGACAUAGACUGUGCCUACCUGCGCAAGGCUGACCUGGAGGCAAAUGUGGAGGCGCUAAGGGAGGAGAUGGGCUUCCUACAGGCCCUCUAUGAGGAGGAAAUCUACCUCCUUCAGUCACAAAUCUCUGACACCUCGGUGGUCGUCAAAAUGGACAACAGCCGGGAGCUCAACAUGGACUCAGUGGUGGCCGAGAUCAAGGCUCAGUAUGACGACAUCGCCAGCCGCAGCCGGGCUGAGGCCGAGUCCUGGUACCAAACCAAGUGCGAGGAGAUGAAGGCCACGGUGAGCCAGCAGGGCGAGAACCUCCGCAGAACCAAGGAUGAGCUCAAUGAGCUGAACCGCAUGAUCCAGAGGCUGACGGCAGAGGUGGAGAAUGCCAAGCAGCAGCGGUGCAAGCUGGAGGGCGCCGUGGCUGAGGCAGAGCAGCAGGGCGAGGCAGCCCUCGGUGAUGCCAAAUGCAAGCUGGCGGGGCUGGAGGCCGCCCUGCAGAAGGCCAAGCAGGACAUGGCCUGUCUGCUCAAGGAGUACCAGGAGGUGAUGAACUCCAAGCUGGGCCUGGACGUGGAGAUUGCCACUUACAGAAAGCUGCUGGAGGGCGAGGAGAGCCGCUUGUGUGAAGGCGUGGGCUCCGUCAAUAUCUGUGUGAGCCGUUCCCAGGGUGGCGUGAUCUGCGGUGACCUCAGUGCCACUGUCCCUCGUGGCCCAGGGGUUGUGGCUUCCAGCAGUGGUGCCCUCUGCUCCCCCUCUGUAGUGGGGGCCUGCUCCGGUGUGAGAUCCGUGCGGUUUGCAUAGUGGGCAGGGGACUCCGGCGGGUGCCCCCCUCUGAUAGGGGCAUGGGUGGGGAGCAGGAGGGGAAAAUCAUUUCUCUCCCAGACCCCCAUGCCUGUUUAGUAACUUCCCCUGGCUGGAACCCAGACUGUCUCUCCAGUUUUCUUCCUAUUGCAGUUAUGAUUUACUCUUUGUGUGCAAACCCUGGGUGUAACAUU